CAACAACGUAGUAGAAAGAGAGAAAGAAAACCAUUGAAGACGCAACCAGCACACAGACACAGAGGAAGCAACAAUAGAAGCUUCCACUCAUAUUGCCAUUCAAAUUUUAAACCCUCAUCUUCAUGCUUGCAAUGGCCACCAGUAAGGGCUACUUUGCUAGACCAAACAAUCGCUUUCUUCCUGUCUCUGCGGACACUGACUCGUUCUCGUUAACCAUGGAUUCCGAUUCCGCGUUUGAGUUCGACGAGUCAGAUGUUUACAACUCGGGCCGCGUUAACUCGCUCGAGUUCCGCAGCUCCGUUCACGGCCCUUCCUUGGCCAGUAAACCCUCUUCCACCGGAACUCCGGCAUCGCUGCCGGUCAACGUCCCCGAUUGGUCAAAGAUUCUCGGCGAUGAGUAUAGAGAGAAUCGAAGGAGGAACAGCGUGGUGGACGAGGACGAGGGUUACGAGGUUGAAAGGAGUGGGAGGUUGCCACCGCAUGAGUUUCUAGCGAGAACGAGGGUAGCUUCGUUCUCUGUUCAUGAAGGUGUGGGGAGGACCCUUAAGGGAAGGGAUCUCAGUAGAGUCCGAAAUGCAAUUUGGGCUAAAACCGGGUUUCAAGACUGAAGACGCUAUGCAUAUUAUCCAUAACCAUAACCGAAGCUUCUUUUUUCUUUUCUUUUCUUUUUUUGGGUUCUACUUUUGUUUCUGUAAUUGGCAUGUAUUUUUAGUUUUUAUUUUAUUUUAUUUUGGUGAUAACGUUGCCGUAUAUGAGAUGAUUAUGAGGUUUCGGUAAUUAAUUCGAAACCUGAGGUUUGUAAUUUUGUACUAUUCACCUUGAAGGAGGAUCUUUUUCAUUUUUCAAUAAUGUUAAUGUUAUU